AUGCUGAUCGAAAUUGCAGAUGAUGCGUUUGCUCUGGCAGAAUACGGUCGUUUAUCGUAUCUGAUACCGUUGAGGAUGACGGAGUAUUUGCGCAAGGAACAAGAAGUGAUGCCGUUUUUCACCUUUUUCACUCAGUUCGAAUAUAUCUACCAGCGGUUGUAUCGUCAUGCAAAUGCGACACUCAUGAAUGUACGCCUAACACAGAUUAUUUGUUGA